AUGGCGGAGCAGGAGAGUUUGGAGUAUGGCAAAGGAGAUUUUGUCCUUUUGGAUGAAAUCACAGAAACUGCCUUCAUGGCCAACCUCAAGCUACGUUUUCAAAAGGAGCGAAUUUACACGUACAUAGGAGAAGUGCUUAUUUCAGUAAACCCGUACAAGACUUUGAAUAUCUUUGGAAACGAUAAAAUUCAAGAAUACAAGAUGCGAGAACUGUACGAGAGACCACCGCAUCUUUUUGCCUUGGCAGAUGCAGCUUACCGAACGAUGAAACGGCGGUCAGAAGACGCUUGUAUCGUUAUUUCUGGUGAGUUUGUUGUCUGUACUAUGUAGGGUAACAGUGGAGGUCGAGGUGUCAAUAUAGGACUUUAUUAUGCAGAUUUGAAACCUAGUUACUUUAGAGAUAAGCUGAAAACGAUACGUAACGAAGCGCUUUCGGAACAAGAUGUGAAUUUUUUCUUACUGGAAAUUUAAUUGAAUGAAAAUUGGAAGCCUCUUAUUUGUGUCGUAGCUAAGAAUAGUAAAGUUAAAAUUUUAAUGUUAAAGUUUAAUUUUUUGUUUAUGUUACUUCGUUGACGUCUGCGAUGCCUUCAGCAUACAUUACAAUUCAACAUGGUAAUGUUUUGUUAAUUUUCGAACGGCUGUAAAACGUUAACGCUUGAUUUAGUUCAGGCCUGAACUUUGCAAAGAACUUUGUGUAAUUUGUUGGUUAGCAAUUUUAGUGCCUAUCGAGAAAGCGAAAAGUUACUUUAAAACUACUGAAAUUUUUCGGUUUCUGAAUUUUCGAGAUCUAAUCUGGCUGACGUCAUUUUAAGACAUUUCAGAAAUUCUCUUUAUUGGGGAUUUUUUCGGUGCUUAAUAAAUAUGCAAAGGCCUUGACGAUUAUAAAUUCGAAUAAAAAUGCUCUUGACUUCUCUCUUAAUAUGUGAGCUGCUAAAUGAUGGUUCCUAAGUGAGAGAACAAAUUUAUUAAGUUAAUAAAAUUUUGGAGUGUACAUGUUUUUAAGAUAGGUUUUGUUAACCGUUUCAUCGUGAAUAAUCUUUGACAUGUCAUCUCUUUUUAAAAGAACUUCAGCUGAGAUCAGCAAAUAAUUUCUAUUGUGCUACUUCAAAAGAAAUCAAUCCUGAAAUAAAAAAUAUCAGAAUUAAAGCGUUUCCUUUGAUCCCUUUUUUUCUUACUCUCUUUACUUGAGAGGUCAUGGAUGAUUUCACAAGAAUUUACACACUGAUCUUCUGUGGAAAGGAGUCAAUAGUUUGAAAUAAAUUAGAAAUCUACUGAAGGAACUCGUGUCUUUUAUGAAAGAUUUCAUUUGAGCUUGGUGAGCAAUUUUUGUUUGCUCUGUUGAAAGAAAUUAAUCCUAAAUUUGAUCAAAUAUAAGUGUUACUUUUUUCUCUCCUUUAUCCUUUCUUUUUUCCUUUCUUUUCCAGACAAGCUAUUUUAAAAUUAAUACAAAUUUAAACAUUGAUGAUUCUCUUCAGGUGUCAAAGGCUUAAGAUAAGUAGAAAAUUUGUUUGAAGACUUCACAAAAUGUUAUGCUAAACGAUCAUAUCACUAUAUUUCAUAUUUGUCAAGACUAAAAUUAAAUAUUUUAAAGACACCAUAACUACCCCACAGGGGUUUUUCAGGACCAGUAUAAGUAAACCUCAAGUUAAAUUCCCUAAAUGAAUUUUAAGAGGCUUUAAUUAAUUAAGCAAUAAUUACUUAACUGAUAGGAUGCAUUGACUUAGCUGCAUGGCUCUUAGUUAACCCUUGAAAUCCCAUAAGUGAUCAAGAUAGAGGUAAUCCUUUCAAUAACAAAAUGAUAUCACAGGAGAUAAGUCAUAAUGAUAAAAUACCACAUUCUCCAAAUUAAAAUCAUAAGGAUCGUAUGACGGGUAGUAAGGAGAAUUGCUUAAUAAGAUUGUGGGAGUGAAUGGGUUAAAACUAGGACCACUUAAGUCAAAUCCAGAAAGAGGCUGGUUAGAGGGUACAAGUCCAAAACACCAGAUUAAUUGAUGAAUCUCUUCUUACUCUCUCUCUCUCUCUCUCUCUCUCUCCCACUGUGUGUGGCUCAAAGAAGAGAAGAAGAAGUCCCUUCAAUGAUUUCCUUGGAGUACCCUUGCGAACUGAAUUCCCAGUUUUCUGGGAAUUCCUAGGAAUUCUCAAAAAUUCCCAAUUAUGCAAAUGAUCCUUGCAAACUGAAUUCCCAGUUUUCUGGGAAUUUCUGGGAAUUCCUAGGAAUUCCUAGGAAUAACUAGGAAUUCCUAGGAAUUCUCAAAAAUUCCCAACUAUGCAAAUUAGCUCUGAUUUAAAAAGCUUGGAAUUACUGGGAAUUUCUGGGAAAGGAAGACUCCAGUUUUGUGAGGACUUGGAAUCCCUAGGAAUUCCUAGGAAUUCUCAGCUUUACAAACUACCUAUAAUUUAAGAAGUGUGGAACUCUUGGGAAUUUCUGGGAAUUGAAUUUGAGGCAAUUUUAAUACCCUGAGGUCCACAUAAAUUCUAAGAAAUUCUCAAUACCUUGAAUGUGAAGGUUUUAAGAAAAAGAGUAAUUUCAGAGGCUUAAAACUUUGGCUCAAUAAAAGGUAUGCUAUACAAAACUUACCAAGAGAUAUACAUACAUGUACAUGUUUAUAACUUAAAGAUCAUGAAAUUUAUUACUCAAACUAAGUUUUAGUAAAUCUUUACAUUAAUAUGGAUUUUCUCAUGAACCAGCUGUCAGUUAUGUUAAAUGGAAAUUGCCAACUUCCACAAUAAUUAACAAUAAUUACAUUGUUAUCUUACUUCCCUAACCUACAUUACUGGUUGCCUUUGUUAGAAAACCUUGGAACAGUCAAGCUCAGUUGCCUCCAACGCUGUCAGAGACUUUUUGUUGACAAUACUUUUAGUAGAAAUUUCAUGCCUUAGACAAACAAAUUCAACAACUUAUUAAUCUUUCUUUUUUCAUGAUUGUUGUUGCUGCUUUUUUUUCAGUUUUUUGCUCUAUUUUCAUGACUAAUUGCUGUAAUUUGUUUUGCUGUUUUUAUUCUUACAAAACAUUUUUGUAAGAGUUCCAAUACUUGUGGAUCAUCCACACACUUUGCAAACAUUUGGCAUGCAGACAAGACAGAGGUAGUCAAUGUUCCCUUUGAGGAAAAACACCUUUUAUAUGACGUCUUCAAUUUACUUUAUUUGAAACUCUGAUCUGAAAAUAUUUGUCAACAAGACUUGUUAGUAGUGAGAAAUACCAACUAAGUUUCCUUUCAUAACUUAAUUUCUUAAAUGUCCCAAUCACUGGAUCUCCCAAAAAACAUUACAUCUUUUUAUUUUUGGUGCAAAUUACAAGUCCUUCUUUAUAUAAAAAUGAAAAGUGCUAGUCACACUUCAAUAAUAACAGCUCUUAAGUUUACUUGUUGUUCUUCUCUGUCUGUCAGCUAUCAACAAAAUUGUUUUAUACUUCGGGCAGUGCAUAACGAUUUGUGGACCAGAGUUCCAACGCACCUCUGUAAUCGCAUAUAGCUACUUCUGUCUCUUGUACAAAUGUUUCUCCUUUGUAAGACGCACUCUACUCUGUUGUCAAUACUGCUUUAAGUUCAGUGGAAACGAUUGACUGAGGAAUCGAGAUGGCGGUGUUGGAACGUGUUGCUGAACGCUUUCUGCGGUCAAGCUUUGUAGAUUUAGGUACUGGUACACUGGGAUCAUCUAUGUAUCUCUUAUACUUCCGAAUGUGGUAUCCUUCUUUUAUAAAUAUGAGGGUAGAAGACGAUUUGUCGUCGCAUUCAAAACUGUGAUUGGCUUGUGCUAUUUCUCACCUUUGCCAUUAACACAACUCAAGUGAGUUUCGAGUCUUUCUUUCCUCGACAACUUUCGGCCACAAAACGAGCAUUUGUAAUACGAUCGAUUCUUGUCGAUUAUUUCUACAUAGAGUGAGCUCACAUCUUUAUUUAUAUGACCAAGCUAUCCAUCUUCUAGAAGCAGAGAACCGGUCGGAGAAGUCAGAAUAGAGUUGGGCACUUCUCCUAACUCUGCAAUCGGCAAGCCAGCGGAUUUCUCUCUGCUAGCCAAUGACAAGUCCUAAAAGAUCCACGUGAUCAUGCCCGUGAUCGGAAACAAAGAAGACUCCAUUUGGCGCUCAUCUUUGAAUGUACUUUUCGUCGGUUGAUCGCUUUUCUCAACUGUUUUGCUUAAUAUAACAUUUCUAAAGAUAGCUUUUAUUGUGGUUCAAUGGGAAAACGAGAGUAGCGUGAGUGUUAUAAAAGAAAAGAAAGUCGUUGGCGCCGUGGAGUUAAAAGAAGGGACAACAGUUGACAUAUUGACUGGUACAAACAAGGGUCGAAUGGCCGUUUGUAAAGCUACGAUUUUGAAAGUUUGUGGUGAGUAAAAAUUGCGAUAUUCGUUACGUGAUCGAAAUCUUAUAAAAGAAUAGAUGUAGCGGGUUGAAUUAAGCUUACAUAACGCUCGGCGCAACUGAAACUAGAAUAAUUCUGAGAAUCGAAUCGGUCACUUGCAUGCCGCAGUUUCUUAAGCUUAUUAUGCUUUACAAUGAAAUAAACCUAUCAGUAAGGUUUCAAGAUUCCUCUAGUCACGUUUGGGAACAUUCAAGAUUCAAAAUAGGAACUGUUAUUAAGCAAACCUUAGUACAUAAAGAAGCCCUCCUUGGUAAAAAAAACAAAAUAAUGUAUUCAGCCCUUUUUAGUAAAAUCCAUGAGAGAGAUGUACUAACUCCAAUAUGAAAGUCACUCAAUAUAACAGAGAUUUCUCAAUUUGAGAAUCCAAUGAAUGCCCUUUUCCUCAUAGCCAUCUUAAAAGCCUGGUCUGAGCCUUUAAAUAUACAUAUUUUAAUAUAUUAUUUUUUUUUCAAAUUCAGAUGUCAAGGAAUCCAGAUACAAAAUGGUCAAGGUUCUUGUUGACAACCUCAUUCAAGGCCAACUCAUUGUGAGCCCAGGAAAAAAAAAAAAUACAAACAGUAGAAACAGCAGCUAAGUUUGCAGUUUAGGAUAACUUCAUUCUAAUUUAUUGUUACGGUUACAACAAGAUUUUAAUCAAAAAUCAAUUUUAUUUGACUGUAAUUAGCCCCUUCACUCCCAAGAGUGCUUGGUUUUCAAAUAUAACUUAAGAUAUUGUAUUUUAUGGAAAAGAAUCAACAGAUUUUAUUCACAAUUUGUGUCAAACCAAAUUUAAUGAUUGAUUAGAACUAUUUUAUAUGAAUAGCUGUAAUUGAGGAUUAAUCCGUAUGAAGUUUUCAAGAAAAGAAAAAUAAAUCAAAUUCCAUCCUAAUAUUACCACACAUUGAUGUUAAUAAUUAAUCAAAAAUAUUUUACAUGUAAGCCUUAAAUUAAGCUUCUAAAUAAAUUUCAUUGAAUACUUGAAUUGUAGCUGGGUUUUUUUAAUUUAAAGUAUUUAUUUUAUAUCAUUAGCCUCAAAUUUUUGCUUAAAAUUCCCAGUAAUUCUGAAACAUUCCUAAAAAUUCCCAAAAAUUCCCAGAAAUUCCCAGAAAUUCCCAGAAAUUCCUAGGAAUUUUUUAGAUUUACAACUUUUCAGGGAAAGUCAUUGGUUCUCUGAGUUGGAAUUCCUAGGAAUUCCUAGGAAUUCCUAGGAAUUCCUAGGAAUUCCAAGUCCUGUUGGCUAUAAACUUGGAAUUUCUGGGAAUUUCUGGGAAUUUCUGGGAAUUUCUAGGAAUUUCUAGGUUUUUAGAACCAGAGUUGUUAUGGUUGGGAAUUCCUAGGAAUUCCUAGGAAUUCCCAGUCCGAAUUUACCGUGAAAAUUCACACCUUUAUUCCUAGGAAUUCCUAGGAAAAUCCUAGGAAUUCCUAGGAAUUCCAAAAGCCAUUUCGCAAGGGUAUUGAGCCCAUCAACAUUUUAAGUAUCACUUGCCAUUACAUGCAAACUGCUGAGAAAAGUGGUUUUGCAUGGAUUGUAUUUCUCUCUUUACAGCUAGUCACAAUUGAUGCUAAUUAAGCUUUACUUAGUAUUUGAUAUUAUUAAAUUUAUAUUUUCUAACAGGCGAAAGUGGUGCAGGGAAGACUGAGGCUUCUAAAAUUAUCAUGAAGUAUAUUGCUGCUGUUACAAAUGUUUCAAAACAGUCUGAAGUUGAAAAGUAAGUAAUUUUCUGAUUUCUCAUUUUCAGUAGAUCAGUUUUUAUGUAUAUUAACAAAGCCAAACAGAGUCAAAAUGUUCAAAAUCAAAGAAACUUAUUGCUAAACAAAUGGUGGAUUACCACAGGUUGAUUAUAUUAUUUAAAUGUGUUUGCAUCAAGAGCUAAAAUCAGACCUUUUGUAGUUAACUAUUAAUUUGGUGGUUAAACCUCAUAGCUAUAUUGUGUUUAUAAGGCAGGGGAGAUUGGAGAACUCUCGGGCUACUAUGCAGAAUAUUUGCCAGUGGCUAAAUUCUGGCAGCCUGAGCUUUUUCUCAUUCAGAGGUACUCACAGACUUUUUGCAAAGUGUGCUGAGACUGCUUGAGAAAUCAGCAAGAUAUUUACAAAGCAGCACCAGUGAGAAGAGGAUUCCUCUAUUAUUUAAUACUACUAUUCUGCCACCACAUUUCUAUUAGUAAAAAUUGCUGUAGUGUUUAGGUAUGUUUUGAGUGAUAUUUUAUACUGUAUAUCUCAACAGGGUCAAGGACAUUCUUUUGAAGUCCAAUGCAAUUUUAGAGAGUUUUGGCAAUGCUAAAACAGUAAGAAAUGACAAUUCCAGUAGGUUUGGAAAAUACAUGGACAUUGACUUUGACUUCAAGGGAGAUCCUGUGGGAGGACACAUUUUUAAUUACCUCCUAGAAAAGGUUUGAACAUUUUCUUUGCUUGUUCAUUACCAAAAACUUUAAGUUGCCAAUACUUUUAUUGGUAUUUUUGAUCAGUGCUUAUGGGUAUUGUCUUCUGUUGGUCAGAAAUUCUAGCUUUGAGAAUAUAAUAUGUAAAUUAUAGUUCCCACCUUUUAAACAUGUUGGAAUAAAAGUUAGGUUCGGGGCUGGAGGGUUUCAUGAAGGGCUUAACUGGAAUUUACAUAGUGUAUUCAAAUCUGGAAACCUUUUAUUGAUAUUUUGAUUUUUUGCAGUCACACUGGCUUACACAGAGCCAGCUUGAGGAUCUCUUAAAAAGAGCACCCAUGACAAGCUUUUCCUGUAGAUGGCAUCUAAUUGUUAUUCUCUCCUGACGCCUUUAUGAAAUCAUCAUCCAACUUACUGAAGAUACAUUUCCUUAAUUUAUCAAAUUUCUGUUUGUCUUUGUUUUUCAGUCCAGAGUUGUUACACAACAGGAGGGGGAGAGAAAUUUCCAUUCAUUCUACCAGGUUUGUAAAUGGAGGCUUUCAUGCAUACCAUUGUACGAUAAUUCAAUGUCUACUGUAUGGAAGAUGACCCUCAAUUCACAACCCAAAUGAUAAGCUAGUUUUUCAAUGUUAUAGUCUAAUUUUUUGACUUGAAAGCUAUCUUUGCAGCAAUGAACACUACUUGAGCAGUAGUGAAAAUAAUACAGGCCUGUAAGGGAUUUGAACUCGUGACCUCUGCAAUACCAGGGCAGUGCUCUACCAACUGAGCUAACAAGCCAACUGGGAGCUGGUCAUUAUGUUGGUUCCAUAUAAACCCGUGAAGUGAUGAAUAAAUGACUGUGAAUAUAUGAAAAUGAUAUAAUUUAUGUGAACUACAAAUAAAAACAUGAAAGUGAUCUUCACAGUAAUGAACACUACUUGAACAGUAAUUAAAAUAAGGCCUGAAAAAAAUUCAGGCCUCUAGAGGAUUCAUUACUUUACAGUUCAAGUAGUGUUCAUUACUGCAAAGAUUGCUUUCACGUCUUUAUCAGCAGUUCACUUAUAUGAUUUUCACAUAUUCACAGUCAUUUAAUCUAAUUUGUGUUGCUUCUUUUGCAUGAGAUGGACUAGAUUAUGAAAAGUCCCUUCUUUUUAGCAAGGGACCCUCAUGAAGUCAUGGUACACAUCAUAUUUCCACAGGCUUUAGGGAAAUUUGUUAUUUGAGGGCUGAGGCAUUUGUUUGCUGAUCUUUAUAGAUGCUUGUUCGUUUCAAACUUUUUCCACUUCUCUACCAGUAAUACCAACCAUUUGUUUUUGCUAGUUACUCAAUGGAGCACCACCUGAGACCCUAAAAGAAUUGUAUCUACAAGAGAAAGCUGAAAGUUAUCACUUUGCCAAUCAAGGAGGAUGCACACAGGUAUGAACACAGAAUUUUUACUUGAAUGUAUAUAGCUUGAGCCUAUUGCAUUUGUUACAUUGCAAUACUACUAAUAUACCAUCUAGUCUUACUAUCUCUCCUAUUCUAUUCACAAACAUUACUAGUCUAGUUGGUUAAAAUACUUGACUUGUGUUCUAGAGCUCCUGACUUUAGAGUACUUGUAAUCCAUGCUUAUAACUAGUACCAGGUCAUUGAAGUCCUAUUAACCAAUCAGGUUUGUUUAUGGAAUUGAGUAAUGACUAUUAUGUCUGCAUACAGUAUUUCAUUAUUUUGUCCCAUUUUGGGCUCACAUAUAAGUUUUAAUCCUCUUACAGGUCAAGGUGAUAAAUGACACAACGGAUUACAAAGUUAAUAUUGAGGCUAUGAAAUCUGUGGGCCUCUCCACUGAAGAAAAGACAACCAUAUGGAAAAUUGUUGCAGCAAUUCUCCAUUUGGUGAGUUUCCUGUUUUAAAGAGAUAUAAUGUGGUAGGAAAUGACAGAGAAAAAUGCAGCCAUUUUUUUUACUUCAGGGUAAUGUAGAGUUUGUUGAUGAUGAUGAAGAACAGGCAUCCAUAAAGAAUAGUGAAAAACUCAACAUCAUUGCAUUUCUCUUGGGAACUGAGCCAAGGCAAGUGGAAAAGGCUUUGUGUUACCGAGUGGUUGCAGCCAAUUCUGAAGUGGUGGACAAAGGACACCAUGCUAAGGAGGCAUCUCACGGACGCGAUGCUCUUGCUAAGGUACAAUGUACUUGUAUUGCAGGCUUAUUUUUUGUCUGAACUGUUGUGUACCAGUGAGUUAAUCUAUAGGGAAGAUAGCUGUCCAUGUUGCACUGAGUUCAAGAAAUACCUCAGACCAAGUUAGACUGUGUUGUGUUGUGUUGUAAAGGGUGAAAAAGCAAGGAACCCAGGGAAAAUCCUCUAGGGAAAGAAGACAGUCUAUUUAAGAGUAGCUAGGGAGACAUUAUAAGUUUUUUCAUAUUUUGUAUUGGUGGAUUUUAUUGUUUUUCUUUCAGGCCAUGUAUGAUCGUCUUUUCACAUGGAUUGUAGGACGGAUUAAUGAUGCGACUGUACUGCGCGAUGAAGUGGCUCAUGGAAAGUGUUCAGUGAUUGGAGUGCUUGAUAUCUAUGGCUUUGAGAUCUUUGACAACAACAGCUUUGAGCAGCUAUGCAUCAAUUACUGUAAUGAGAAACUUCAACAGCUGUUUAUUGAGCUGGUGCUGAAACAAGAACAAGAGGAAUACCAACGAGAAGGAAUUCAGUGGGAGGAGGUAUGUAGCUGCAGUGCUAAACAAUAUCAAUAACAUUUAUAGAUAGUGAAAAAGUCUACAUGGUAUGAGAAUGUUAAGUUGCUUGGAUUUUAUUGAUAUUGUAGAUUGAAUACUUCAACAACAAGAUCAUCUGUGACCUGAUUGAGCAAAACCACAAAGGUGUUUUUUCAAUCAUGGAUGAGGGAUGCAGGAGCAUUGGUAAAGUGUCUGAUAUGGUAUGUUCUCUACUCCAGAUAUAGAAUGAUGGGUAUAUUCUGGUCAGGAAUUAAUGAAUGUUAGACAACAGAGGAUCUUAACAUGAAAUCUAUAGAAAAUUAGUCAAAAGCAAGCCAGAGGUUUUCAGUGUCAUUGAUUGGAGGUUGUGCAAAACUCAAAGUGUACCAUUGUAUAGAGGUGCUACUGCAUGAACCAUAGGUUAGGCAGAGAUUCAAUCACCUCCCAAGUUUCCAGUGUCUUUCAAGAAUGAUAUUAAGUAAUUUUUUUUCAGUGAAUUAUACUUAGGAUAUUAAGGGGUUGUCUAAGUCCUGUUGAUCCUAUUCUUACAGAUGUUGUUACAAACCAUGGACCAAAAGUUGGGAAAACACAACCACUAUAAGAGCAGGCUGGUGAGAUGACAAUUACAAGUAAACAAGUUGUGGAUUCGAAUGAAAUGAAAAUAGGCUCUAUUUUUAAAUGCUGGUAAACCUUGCAACAUCCCCUUAUUUAGGAUGAAAAUGUUCUUUGGAAUUGGAUUGUAGGCUAAUGGACAAACCUUGCACCCAUGCUCAGGGAAUUUUUGAGCCUUAGCAUAAAUCUAUUUCCUACAAACCUCACCAUUAUCUACAAUCCUGGGUGAGCCAUGUGAAUCACUGCAUGGUGCAAAGGUUAACAAUUUGAAGAGUUGGACACAGGUCACCAUUUUCUCAUUUGCUUUUCUUGAGACCUUACUUUUCAAACUCUUUUAUUCCAGACUGACCCCUCAAACAAAGCAAUGGAAUUUCACAAGCAUUUCUGCAUCAAACAUUAUGCAGGAGAUGUGAUGUAAGUCAUUAUCAAAGGAUGAUCAAAACAUUGAUUGAAUGGGGAUGCUAUCAGGGAUGACUUGUCUCUAAACGAAAGCUCGUAGCCUCUCCAAUCGAUUCUCCGUACUGUCUGCCAUAUGUUCUUUCAAUUUCUGCUAUAAGAGUUUUGGUGUUGAAUAAAGUAACAUCCCCUAGUUGCUGUUUCUGGCCAGGAAUAAGCUAUUGCUACUGGAAGAGAGAGGGUGAAGAGACCACUUCCACGGGAAAAUAAAUAAGAAACACGUUCUUGAAUGGGUGGAAAGUUAAUUUUUUGUGUGCGAUUUUUCGGAGAAGAGAUCUUCGAUUAACUGAUCAUUUGGCUGUUUUUCUUUUUUUUUAAUUACAGAUAUUCAGUUGUGGAUUUCUUGGACAAAAACAAGGAUAAUUUGUAUCAAGAUUUCAAAAGACUCCUAUUCAACAGGUAUAUGCACUUUUUCUGGUAUUGUUUUAUUAAACUGCCGCGCGCCUUAAGCUUGUAGUUUGACAGCACGCACAUCUACGUUGAUAAUCAAGAGAAGUCAUUUUAGCUCGUACGUAGUCAUUUCUUUCCUUCUGUGGGGGCGAAGCGAGGAAGAUCCGGCGUUCCUGGCCUGCCGCUGGUCGCACUUCGGUCUACUCAGUGUAUAAUGUGUAUGCGAGUUUUGCCAGAAGAUUGGCCGACUGUCCUUAAAAAAACUUUUCACAAUGAUUGUCUUUUGGAAGUGUGGUUGGAAUGAACAACUCACUAAAUAAUAGAAAGUUUGUUGUGUGUUUUACCUUUUUGUACAGUUCGCACAAAAUUCUCCAAGAUAUGUGGCCAGAAGGAAAAGAAGACAUUACAAAGGUAUGGUAACGUUAAAAUAUGCCUGUUGCCGUUUACUCGGUUCACGACUGUGAAACUGCCUAAAACUUGCUUUUUGAUGAAGUAAGGGUUAUUUGGCUAUAUGAUGAAAACAACCAAUAUUUUUAGGAGACGACAAGUUACUUUCAUCCCGAACACGGACCGCCUUUUGAUCCAAUCAGCGGUGAUGUUAGUAUUACAGCUACAAUAUUGAAAACCAACGUGACUGUUUUGUUUUUUUUUAAGUCCAAGCACUUGCACCUGGUUAAUGCAGUCAUGGAUUAAGCAUAUUUGUUUUACUCUUUAUUUCCUGUAUUAUCACUUUUCAUGAUAACUAUUGGCUACAAAGAUAUUUGCACCGCUCGUAUUAUCCCUAAUCUUAUUUUCGGAAAUCUUCGUUGAUUCUUCGGAGAAUUUCCGACUUCUGUUUAGAAAAAUUGCGGAGUUUUAGUCAAUGUAAACCGAAACAUUGAUUUUGACCUUGUAAAGCUAACUCUCCAGCUGAUGAAAAUUGAUAUUGACUGGCACUGUGUUCAACUCUUUCACCAAGGAGAAUUCACACCAAGGUUCGUCGUGAUACAAAAAUAAAAUCUAGAUUAUCGCUCUCGUUUCAGUGUUAUUGCAUAAAAGUUUCAAUGAAAACCUAAGUGAUUGGUAAAUCGAAAAAACAAUGCAUGGAGCGCUUUUCGAUUGAGUAUCGUAAAAGCAGAAGGUAAACAAAAAGAAAUAACAAGCCAACCGUCUAAAGCGCGGGAAAAGGCAUGUGGCCAAGUCGUGAUUGGGUUAAGUUUUGCACAUGUUUGGUUGAGAGAGUGGCGCGAGUUUUCUGAGCUAAUCACAGAGCGAAGUUAAGCGAAACUCCUCUGCAUUUUUCUCGGUCGACUGCAGUGUGGCUUUACUAGCCUAGAGGUCUGCCAGGCAAACAACAGCUAAAAAGAUUCUUUAGACCAUGUCGAUAUUGUCUGCAAAAAAUAAAACAAAUCCAAGGAUUUAUAGCACCGUAUGCGAGAACCAGUAAGAAAGCAAUAAUCGAAAAGAAUUUGAAGCCACAAGACGAUAUCAUAGUGCUGUUCGAUGAAAGCAAGAGUAGCGCCCAGUAGAUACUGAAGGGAAUCCAACACAGCACAAACGCCAACACGAUUGCAAAAGACAUCUUCAGGACAUUUCGCUCUCUCGCUGAACGCUCUCUUGCGUUGACUGACUGCUCACCUGGAAACUUUUGCGACUUGAGGCGGAAAAUGAUGAUCAUGUAAAGUAUGGUAAUCAAAACUAAUGGAAAAUAAAAGAAUAAAAUUAAUUUUCCCAAAGUGUAGUUUUUAAUGGAGGGCAACCCUCCAUCAGUUUUGGUCCACUCCCACUUGCACGCUAUCAUUCCUGGAUAAGUAACAAGUUUUCGGUAAAAUAAGUUUGGAGUCUGGAGGAUCAUGGCGGCGAUCCAGGUGCUUGGGAUGAAGAUUCGGCACAUCUUUAAACUAAUUAGCGGGGAACGGAGAGGGAAAACCACAGCUCCAAAUCUAUCCACUACUAUCAGAACUACACUCUGUGUAGACACAUAAAUGGCAACAUUCGAGAAGAAGGGCAGCAGCUUGCACAACGCCUCUCCAAGACCAUCACUGGUUAACCAGCUGUCGAAAUAUAACAUCGCUGAAUUCCGUGUAAAUACUAUUACAGAAUAAAGCAGGUCGGACAUGGCCAUGUUUACGAUGAAAAAGUUGUUCGGUUUUCUCAUGCUUUUCGUGUUUAAGACAAUUAUGACGAUGAAGAUAUUACCAACGAACGAGGUAGCAAAGAACAGACAGUAAAGGAAGGGUAGACUGAUUCUGCCUUCUGUAGGAUAGGAGCAGCUCAAUGGUCGUGUUUCUUGCAUGGAGGUAAAGUUUGCAAAAAUUACCUUGAUCGUUUACCUUAGUUGUCUUGUUCAAGAACGUUUCCUUCAAUUCUUAAGUCUUCUAGAUCGGAAAUACUCUUCAAUUUCAAUUACUUUGGCUGGCGAAGGAAAUAUUACCAAAAGGAGGAAAGGCGUCGCCGGACCAUCAUCGCGGGCGAUUACUUUAAAGGAAAACUAAACCUACAUUUGCUGUCAUUUCUUUUGAAUGAAGAAGAUAUCAAAUCUAUGGGUGAAAACAUUACUUGAAUGGACUUCCUUCGAAGUCUUUCCAAAUUGAUACUUAUCAUGAUCUUGCAUUAGGAGACACUUCAAAUAUGACGUUGAUGUCAUAAAGCCAACGCAAAAAAAUUAAUUUAUUUAAGUUUCUUAAUGAAGGUCGGCCCACUAAAGUGACAAAGUUUGUUUGUUCCGUGGGCGUGAGCCUACUUUCGUUUUGGGAAUUAUCAAACAGAUAGAAGGAACUUCUGUAAUAAGAUCAGGGUCAUCCUAAUAUUAAAUGAAAACUAUAACGAUUUGGUUUGGUCGGUUUUCGUCAGUGUUCAUGCAAUAAUCUUAAACUAAGUUCAGGGCUUUUGCCACAAAAUUCUUCAGAAAUUUUAAGGCUCGAGAAAUAAAAGGAUUGUAUUUGUGGAUUAGUUUGCAUUUCUUGCAGGUGUGGCCUAAAACUUUAUUCAGGUAAGAUUCGCCGGAUAAAAAAUGUCAAAGUUAACGGAAGCCUCUAUUAUUAACCAUUCAGAUGCAUCAGAAGAUUGACUUUCAUGACGUCCCAAAAUUUUAAGUUUGUUGUCAUUAUUUUUGUCAAGAAUAGCAGUUUCCAUUAAGGAACUUUAAAAUAAGGGUUAAACUUUCAUUUCGUGAAACAAAUAGCUUUUUUUUUACAAUAACCUUUUUUAGCUUCAAGGGUUCAAGGCUUGUUACACGAUGCCUCUGUACUUUAUUAAAUGAUCACUUUUGAUGCAACCGCCGAAUUUUCAUAUCAAUCGCUUUCCUUAUGUUAGAGGCUGAAAAAUAUCCAUUAGUGAAUUUUUUUAAUAUAAUACUGCUGAUUUAAAUUAUCAAUCUCCAACAAAUAUGAAGUAAAAACGGUGAUCAUUUCUUUGUAAGCCGUCUAAUAGCAACAUAGAGACCCUUCUUUAAACCGAAAAGAUGCAACAAUGUCUUGGAAAGAUAAUUUAUCAGAGUGAUGUGUUGCUUACAAAAAAGAUAAGCGAUGUUUCUGACUCUAAUACUUUUGGUAGAAAAUUUUUAUACUAAAAUUUGAACGCUUAACCAUUCUUUCAGAGUAAUAAUGUAAAAAACUGAAAAACCUUGCAGAAUUCCCUGGGUAUUUGGACGGUAAUUUGUCAGUUCAUGAAGUGAUGAAUUUUAAAAGUAAACUUGGUUAAGUGCACACCACUAUCUUCCUCCUGAAUGAGUGCAUAUGUUCCUAUUGGCGUUCCGUAUCCAGAGCAAUGGAUGAAAUUUGUUGAAUGAAGAAGAACAAACUACCCUCUAUACUACUAGUGCGACUUUAAUAUCCAUGCCCUAAGCAGAGAGUUUUGAUGGGGUUUUUGGUUUCUCGGAUUGAUACAGAGCGAUUGCUGCAAGCAAACACGCGUGGACAUGACUGACGGUGAAUCAUAGUAAACAUUUUAGCGUUCAUCUUUGGGAAGGCUAUAUUGAUAGUACAGAAUUCAAGGUCUAAGAAUGCGACUAACUUAAGACUUGAGUCGCUCACUCGGCGACUGCAAUGAUCAUCCUAGUUUCCUAGGACAAAGAACUGCAUGUAUUGAAACGGAACAUUACGACGAUGUGCCAUGGGUAGCCUUGAAUUUAGUAGAAAAACAGCCAAGGAAGUUCUUUGACGAUGAUUUCCACUGAAAAUAAAACAGAUGCAGGGAUUAAUAGCGCGAACCUCAGUUUUAUAAACUCCCAAGAAUAUAAUCAGGUGGUGUCCAAUAUUUUUUAAUGGAUCAAUAUCCCAGUCAAUGUUUUAGGCACGAAACAUACAGCGUACGCAAGCACGAUAGCAAUGGACAUCUUCAAUCCAUGUCGCCCUUUCUUCACGCGUUUUUUUCCUUAAGCUGUCUGAUUGCUUGCCUCGUAUCUUGUGACACCUGAGAUUCGAAACGAUGAUUGUGUAAAUAAUGGUCAUGAAAACCAAAGGGAAAUACAACAGUAUGAUACAAACUGACAAAUAGUAAUAUUUAAAGGACGAGAACUGUCCAAAGGCUUCGUUCUACCUUUGUAAACAAUCAAGCUUACUCAUCUGCUUGGACUUGACGACUCUUUGGUAGAAGAAAACUCGUGAGCGAGCAGCCAAUGUAGCGAUCCAAGUGGCACAAAGCCGGGAACAGCAGAUCGGACAUGGCCGUGUUUGCGAUGAAGAAGUUGAUGGGGCUUCUCACGGUUUUUGUCUCGUAGACAAUUAUUCCGAUGAAGAUAUUUCCAAUCAGUGAAACAACUAAAAUAAGGCAAUAGGCAACGGUUUUUCCGACUCUUUCUAUUGUUGGGUUGCUACAAUUUGGUGGAUGUGUUCCAUUCAUCGUUGUGUUCGGGCUUGUCAUAGUUGUCAUGAUUCUCAGCGUUUUGUUCAGUGAAAUCCACGUGUUGCCUGAAGUACAGAUGUAACUGUGUGGUCGGCUUUCGCAAUUAGAACAGAAAAAUUAAAAAGCCUCCCCUAUUUACCGUUGUUUAAUUUUUUUUGUCUUGUUGGUAUUUCUUUUUAAAGGAAUAUGUUAAUUCUAUCGCCAAGGAAAGAAAUUUGCGUAAGGAGGCUUGACGAGGUAUUCCAUUGUUUACAGUGGGCGUAAAGCAGUCAAAAAAAUAGAGAAGUGUAUGUCCAGUCAGAGACUUAGACCGAUCGCUCGACCAAUGUGAUGUAAAAACUGUUAAGUUAACCACUGAUUUUUCCGAAAGAGAAAACCAAAUCUGGCAGAACUACUUAAUUUAGUAUGUGUAUGGGGGAUAAAGGGAAACAAAUAGCUUGUUGAUUGAUUUUGCGUAGGAAGAAUGGAAAAAUCUAUCUUUCACCGUCUCGUAUCGAGUGCAAAAUUAACUUUUUCAAUCCAAAACCGAAAGUUAUCACAUGUAAGUGUAUUGAAAAAUGACAAGAAGCGUUAAUAAGACAAACCACCGAUAAAAACUCGCAGCAAUUGAGGUACAAAGGAGUCCAGUGCGAAGAAUACAAACACAAAAAAGUUUGUUGCUCGCUUGUAUCCUUGUCAAGUUAAUUGAAGAAACUGUUGGCUUCCCAAAAGGUCAAUAAAACCUGGUGUAGAAACACUUGUUCAAAAACGUGGAAAAUUUCUAAUGCCUGUUGGAGGAUUUUUUUCAAAUUGCAUGCACUUAUAUGAUUGGCUGUCGCUUUUACAUUACGCAAAAUGUUACUAACCUAAGUUCAUUGUUGAGUAACAAUUUGUGCUUCGAUCUACGCUCUUAUGAUUUGAUAUGCUGUUGCAAUCAAGUAACAGAAAACGAACUGAACUGAAUCAAUUUCAGUAAACGUCCUACUUUACAGCAAUAUAGGAGCUCUUCAACAGUUUACUCAAACACUACAAUAGCACAGUAAUGCAAUGUUUAUCUCGUUCAACUGUAACAGAGUACUGAAGCGUUAAUUAAUUACUCCUGUUGCCCAGAAGAAGAGCAUUUAAAGAUGUUUUUAAGACCUUGACGAUAAUUUCCGGCAUAAAUAAAACAGAUGCAAGGGUUUAUAGCACAGUUUGAAUGCCACACGAAAAAUACAAUGGCGUCGAAAUACUGGAGGCCACAAGACGCUAAAGUGGAGCGGUUCAAUGAAAAUAGAACUAAGACCCAGUAGAAACUGAGUGGCAGCCAGCAUAUUGCAAAUGUUAGAACGAUCGCAAUGGACAUCUUCAGUACAUUUUUCUCCCUUCUCGCUCGUAUUUCUCCCGCGUUGACCGAUUGCUCAUCGCGAAUCUUGUGAGAGUCGGAUCUGAGUUUCAAGAGAAUUGCAAGGUAAAGUAUGGCAAUCACAAUGAUUGGAACGUAGCUAAAGACAACGAACAUUGCUAGAAUGUAUUUUUUAAACGAUAAAGAUUCUCCAAAGGUUUCUUCCCACUGCCGCGUGCACUUCAGCCCCUCUGGAGACUCGACUAGUUUAUAGGAGGACAUAUUUGGCCACAUGACAACCGUGGCGAUGAUCCAAGUUGUGAAAACGAGGAAUCCGCACAGCUUAGAACUGACGAGUAGAGAACGGAAGGGGAAAAACACUGCUCCAAAUCGAUCCACUGCUAUCAAAACUAGGGUCUGAAUCGACGCGAGAGCCGAAACAAUUCCAACAAAUGGAACUAUCUUACACAAGGCCACGCCAAGAGGACCUCUGAUCAUCCAAGUGUCGACGUACAGCUCUGUCACAGUCCUAGGAAACUGGAACAACGGGAAUAGCAGAUCGGACAUGGCCAUGUUUACGAUGAGGAAGUUGAUGGGCCUUCGCAUGGUCGGCGUUCUGAAGACAAUCACACCGAUUAGGAUAUUUCCAAUCAGAGAAACAAUAAAUAUGAGGAAAUAAGAAGAAGUUUUUCCAAUUUUUUCUGCUGUGGGAUUGAUGCAGCUUUGUGGCUGUGUGCUAUUCAUCGUUGUACUCAAGUUUGCCAAAAAAGUAGUGGUCGUGGCUUCCCCUCCUAUUUCAGUGAUUUUACGAACGAACUCGAGGAGGUGCGUGCACUUCUAGCAAAAGUAAUGCUCGUGUUUACAGAAAAUCUUACUUGUUAAAGGAGCACUGUUUUGCAUCCUUAUUUUAUAUACUGUCGCCAGCGUGUGGUCGGCCCUUGUAGGAGACCUCUUCAACAUGUCGGAAAUUUCAAAUUUAUCACUUGGAAAAACAAACUUCAUAACGAGAGGGGGUAGGGCUCAAGUGUUUGGUAAUGAAAAUUUCCAGUUUGUGCAUCGCACAUUGUGUAUAUUUUAAAACCUCUUAUAAGACUUGAGGUAUAGCCACGGCCCACGAUCAUGAGUAAUUUCUUCAAAUUUGGAAUUAUAACUUCAAGUUCUUGAUCAAAGGAACACCUAGGUAAAUGGCACCUUGUCGCAGGCGGGGAAUGCUUGAUGCAAUUUUGGAAUAGAUUUUUUGAGCAGUUGAAUACUUAGGUAGCUUUAUUUUCAACAUUUGUAUAGUUCUAAUAAACCUCUUGUUUUCGAAUUCGUUGUUUGUAUGGCACUACUUAGGUAAAAGACAAAAUAACUAAUUUGCGAGAUGUCGUCACUCCUUUUACAAUGUGCAAAGUGUUCGGAAAUUGACAUUUUUUGUAAUUGGUUUUUAGAAAGGUUUUCGAAGUUUGAAAAAUAAAAAGCCUUUUAGGGGGUAAGUGAGACAUCUGGCAAGAUUUUUUGCUCGGCAUGCUUGCAACGUUGGAAAUUAAAUUUUAAGGCGAGUAAAAAUUUUUUGUUUAAAUCUUCGUCUUAGCUGUGGCUUGAAAUUCCCCAGUUCUACCGCUCCCUUGUCGAUAUAUUUUAUUAUUCCAAUUAUUCACUGUCACCGAUUUUUUUUCUUUCGUUUUUUGUUAGUUAUCGUAAAUGAAAUGGUAGAGGAACAAGCACAGCCUAAGAUGCACUAUUUUAGAAAGAUCUCUAAACUUUUCCGCACAAAUUGCUGAAAAAAAAAGCAAGAUAAGCUUAACUAUUACAUCAACCCUGCAUACCGAAUAACGAUCUUCUCUAUGUAGUUUUCCGCUUUUGUAAACAUGGAAUCCUCCUAAAUUGUUUUCAAUCGAAAACAAAGUUUAUUGUGUCGGUUCAUGCCAAGGUUAUUCUAUCUUUAGAAUUUGAACACUGACAAAAAACGAGAAGAAUACGGUCGUCAACUGUUGGAAAGCGCGCUAAAGCAAAAACCUGCGUGGUAUACCACCACUUGUUUCUUGUGAAUUUAAUUUCCUUAGACAAUAAACUCCGCAUGUCUUCUUGCUUGUGUGCAACCGUAAGAAAACCACUACCUAUCGGAAAAUAAAUAAUGCACGCAGGAAAUACAUUUAUAGAUGGUAAUGACGAGUUUCCGUUGAGGGAAAUCAAAUCACGAACAAAGGUCUCUCUUGAACUUUAGUUUGUGUUUUAUUCUAUUCUACCGAUCUGAAAUGGCAUUACUCCAAGUGUAAAAGGAUCAGCAAUCUCAAAUCAUACCAGGUUGUCGAAUAAGGAUUCAUUUAAGACAUUCUUCAAGACUUUGCUAUCGAGGGAUAUAUGAGAGUCGACGAUAGAUGUGCUAUCUGAGACGAUUGGAAUUAUGAGAAUGUAUGACUUUCAUGACGUCUCAUGGUCCGAGUUGCUCCGAUUUUUGAUACAGGGGUAACUCAUACAAUUAGUUGUUAAAAUUCAAUCUGAAAAUUCAUUUUAUCCACAGGUUACCCAGCGUCCUCUUACGGCUUGUGCCCUGUUCAAAGGUUCAAUGAUAGCUCUUGUGGAGAAACUAACUGUUAAGGUAUUUUUUUUCCUCGUUACUUUGAUGAAAUCCUCAGUGAAAUAAGUGUGAAUGAUAGAAUAAGCGAGAUGGUUAGUUUUGAGCUCGGUGAAGAAAUAGAGAAAGAUGUUUUUCGUCCUGUCACGAGCGUGGGACAAGACGAAAAAAUUCAGUCCCCAUGAGGAAUCGUCAUCGGGGACUUAGAAUCUUUUCUUUGUCCCACGCUCGUGACAAGACGGAAAACAUUUCCCAAAUGUGAAUGAUGUAUUUAAAAACUUCCGUCAUUUCUAUUCUAGAAACCAUUUUAUGUCCGAUGCAUCAAACCAAAUGAUGCGAAGUCGCCAUCACUUUUUGACGAUAGACGUGUCGGUCAUCAGGUAACUAAGACGUACAAUCAAAAUUAGAAGUGAGCCCCAACCUGCUGGUUGUUUUCAUCGAUUGGAAGGCAGUUAGUGAUUCGGCCCAAUGGUCAGUGCACUGGACUCCAAGUCGAGAGGUCUAGGUUCGAGACCUGGCCGGGUCAAUACGAUGUGUUCUUGAGCAAAACACUUUCCUCUCGCGAUGCCUCUCUCCACCCAGGAGUGGAAUGGAUGGGUGCCGGCAAAUUGUCAGGAAAGCCUGAUGAAAUGUUGGGGGGCACAUUUGCUAUGGACUGGCAUCCCAGCUAGGGGUAGUAGUAAUACUCCUAGUUGCUACCCGUUACAUGGAAACCAGGAUAAGCUCCGGCUGGCUAGGCCAAUAGGCUCGAGUACAGAUUUGUUGUGAUUUAGAGAGACGAGACAUUUCUCCUUCCAGGAGUACAGAUCGGAAACAACAAGCUGUCAGGGAAACCGUACUAGUAGUUUUGAAGUGGAAUCCCGCUCAGGGGAGUUAUAAUUGCUUUCGUUUGCCACAAAAACGGUUUAGUGGUGUAGACCACUUAAUUCGUUUUCCAGGUAUUGGACAAAUAACAAGGGGUGAAGUAGAGAGCAUUUCUGACUACUGACAUUGUAUUUGUUGUAGGUGGACUACCUUGGCUUGAUGCAGAAUCUGCGUGUGAGGCGAGCUGGAUUUGCCUUCAGGAUGCAUUACAAACGAUUUCUUCAAAGGUGGGGCAGUGAUGGGAACCACCUUUAAGUAAAAUUAGCGCCGGAAGAAAUUCCUUUUUAAAAAAUUAUUGAAUUCUUUCAAGUUUGAAUUCAACACCAGGACCUUAAAUAGACCAAAUGUUUACUUUUGUCAAGCCGCCAAACUUUAAAUGACAGCUGUAAUGUUUCAAAGAUGGCACAAUCUUUAAAAUUUAAUCCUUGUUAUAUUUUACCGCAGGUAUAAAAUGCUUGUGGACAAAACUUGGCCUACCUACAGUGGGAUUGACAAAGAUGGUGUUGGUGAAAUCAUCGACCGGUCAGGUUUUUCCUCUGAUGUCAAAUACGGUCGAACUAAGCUGUUUAUUAAGACACCUAAGACUGUGUUCGAGCUGGAGAAGAGGCGAGCGGAGACUGUGCCAAACUUAGUGCGAAUUCUUCAGAAGGUAAGGAGCAGUUGUUUGCAAUCAACAGGUGGAAGUUGUGAAAAUUACAGGCACUGAUAAGGCGUAAGGUAUUUUUAUCUAAUUAGAAAAACGCGCUUUGUUUGCGGGUUCAUAAUUUCCCUUCCUUUUAUAUGAUAUUAUCAUUGUUUUACGGUUCGUUUUACAGCACUGGCGAGGUGCACUGGUCCGAAGGCGCAUGAAGAAGGUUCGUGCGGUAUACCUGAUCAUGGGUAACUUUAAGAGAUAUCAGUGCAGAAAGUUCAUAUUACAGAUUCAAGACGCCUACAGGUACAAACCACUCCUAACUCAAUCCUUAGCCACUAUGGAUUUGAAUAAGCAACAGUGAUUGAAGGCUAAGUUUUUUCGUUUGUCUCACGAUGUAGUCACGUGUGAUGUAGAUCGCGACGUUUCGACUUCUUCAGGCGAUGACUGGUCAUGCGUGAUCUUGUAAGCAUGAUGAUGCUCUGCUGUGAUUAGUUGUUUUUCAACAGCUCUGAUUGGUGCAUUUCGAUCCUUGCUGUUUCACUCAGUGAUUUGCUCCCUCGGUGGUCCGCUGUCGCACGGCUCUCCUGUUAGUGUGUUUUUUGAUCAAGGGCAUCCACGCUUCUGGAAUUUCUAUUCCACUAUCCCUGUUGAUGUUGUUGGGGUGAAUUCUUAUAUGAAUUGCCUCUUUGACUCUGCGCGUGUAGUAAUAAGAGUCACGAUCAAUAAACUUAACUUCUUCCAGAGUGGCUUGUGCCCGGUGUUGUGAGCAUGCUCUGAAACGGCGGAGGUCUCAGUAAGGGCGAGUCGGAUGUCUCGAUCGUGCUCUUUAAUUCUGUCUUGCAUAGGUCUUCCGGUCUCUCCGAUGUACACCUUGCCGCAUUUACAGGGAAUCCUGUAAACUACGCCAUCUUGUUUAGCCGGGUUGAUAGCAUCUUUUGGUCGUACUAACUGAGAUCUUAGCGUAGUCUCCGACUUGAAAACAGUGCGUACGCCUUGUUGUUGUUGGCAACGGCGAAGCUGUUCGGACAGACCUGACACAAGGUAAAACCGCAGUAGCUUUAAACUCGUUGGCGGGUUCGGCACUGUUGUGUGGUUUUCUGGUCUUGGUAAGUUUCUGCAAGAAAGAAAAAGGAUAGCCAUUAGAAACCAGAACAGAUGACAGAUGUUUUUUCUCCUCGGAGAUGACGGAGGGUUUUGUUACGAGACGUUUGGCGCGCUCGUAAAGGCACUUAACAAUACCGCGUUUUACUGAUUGAGGGUGGUGUGAAUCAUACGCUAAGUAUUGAUCGGUGUGCGUGGGUAUCCUGUAUACGCUGAUGGUGAGUCGGCCGUCAGGUUCUCUUAAAACUGCGGUGUCUGAAGAAGACUAGGAGUAUGCAGUCGAAACGUCGCGAUCUACAUCACACGUGACUACAUCGUGAGACAAACGAAAAAACUUAGCUUUUAUUGUUAUUCACUACGAUAAAUAACCACGACCUUUUUUACGAAAAUUGAUUAAGUUGUUCAAAGCCAAGUGUUACCUUACUUUUUCUUUUACUUCUUAACAAAAUCCGUACACUGUCCAGACAACUGGGGGUGUGGAAUAGGCCUGAUCAGUGGACUCACGAUAAUAAUUAUUGACAUUAUAAAUAUUUGUUCCUUCUCUCUGCAGUGACUGUAAGCAGCGCGGUGACUAUGGAAAGUCUAUUACCCCACCCACCCCCCUUAGGGCAUGCCAAGAAAUCGCCUCUUUCUUCGCGAAAAUCUUCGGAAGGUGAGGCAAACUUAAAUAAGUGAUGCAGAAAUUUCAUAUGAAUCGAUGAGAAAGUACAGAGGUUGUUGGUCCAUGUUCGUUUCUUGAAGUGAUGGCAAAAUCACCUGGCUGAACGAAUGUGCAGAAACUUCGUGAACUUUACUAGACCAGAAUCCAAAUCCUUAUCUAAAUUAAAGUUAGCCCAAGUUUUGCGUAGGCUCUACUUCCGUCGUGUUCUGGACUCUGGUCUUCGUUCAUCUUCAGUCGGUGCUUGGGGUGUUUUCCCGAAAAGCGAUAAAUUAUCGCGCCUAAAUAAUGCUCAGUUUGCAGAUUUCGACACGCAUUGGUUGUUAUAUAUUUCUCAGGCUCGGUUUUGGAAUUUUAUUUUUGUGUGUUUGUCAAAGGUGGUGGGCCUCUAAGGUGUUGUCACGCAUUCCAGAUCAAGACCGUGACGAGGUUAUGUUGAAAGCUGCAGCGUUUGAUUGCUUGGGAGGAAAGCGAAAGAACUGGGCACUGCAGACACGAUGGCGUGGAAACUACCUUGCAGAGGUAAUUGUGGAAAUAGCCUGUUUUCAUUGUUUCGCAGUAGUAAGAGGGAGAUAUCAGCAAGCAAAGCUUGGUUCAAUCAACUGCAUUCUUAACGCAAGUUCUGUGCAAGGUGGUAAUUCUCAGUAAAGAAAAAAGCGGGAAAACAUGAAAAUCCUUCGAGUAGCUUCAUUAUCUAGCUCUCUUAUUUGCUUUUUUUUAUCUUGUCCUUAGCCCGAAGAAAACUCCCAGUCUGAGGUGUUUAAAAGAAAUGUUGUCAAUAGAUUCACGACGAAUGGAGAAGAGGUGUUGUUCUCUUCUUAUGCUAAGAAGGUAAACUUGUCACUUUAUAGUCUUGGUAUCACACAUAAUAUGCCUCGUAAAACCUGUCAGAAAUGUAAUCCUGAGUUUUUGGGUAACUUUUUUUUUCCCUUGGUUUCACUCUGUGAUUCUGUUUGCAGGUGAACAUGAAAUUGAAGGUGGCUGACCGCAUUGUGGUGGUGACAACUUCAGCCAUUCUUAAGUUGGACAACAAGUACAAAGUCAUGAAGACAAUACCACUUGACAUGGUAACUGAACUUCUUGCAGUAAUUGUGUCACCAAGUUUUUUAUUUGUUUAUUAUAAAUUAUUUUGGAUGAUAACUUGAGUCUGCAUCAUUGAACAGAUGCGUAACGUAAGUUUCUUGGGUAUCCCAACCGCUUAGCUAACCGACAGACAGACUGGCUGACUUAUUUCUGAUUGACUGACUGGCUGACCUUCUGACUGUCUUACUGAUUCAUCGACUGAUUGACGGACUGGCUGAUUAUUACUGACUGUCUUUCGGAUUCAUUGACUGAUUGACAGAUUGACUGUGUGACUAGCUGAGCAUCACUGAAUGAAUGACUGAAGGACUGAUUGGUAGACUUACUGACUGACUAAGUGAUCGUGACUGACUGAGUUACUUACUUACUAUCUGUUUAUUAUAUUAUUAUUAUUAUUAUUAUUAUUAUUAUUAUUAUCAUUAUUAUCUUCCCUUCUCUUUGAUCAAUCGAGGCUGACAGGUCGCUCACUGGAUUGAUUACCUUGAUUAUUGACAAUUGUUGCAUGGACUAAUGGACUAUGAUGGAUUCUUUGACUUAUUGAUUCCCAAACUGAAUAAUUAGUUGUUUGACAGAUUGAUUGACUUCUCGAUAUAUUUAUUGACAGGUGACAGGAGUGAGUCUUACUCCAGGUGACGAUCAGCUGUUAGUAGUUCACCUCCAACACAAUGACCUGGUCGUCUGUUUGUUCAACGAGUCUAAAGCCAACAGAGUGGCAGAACUUAUGGCGAACCUCUACCUGCAAAUAUAUGAGUAAGCUGUUCUCUGUUUUUCCUUUGACUCUACCGUACGAAAUCAUUUUUGAAUCGGUUGAACUUAUUUUUGAAAAUAUUCUCUUUUUUUUAUAUCUCACCUUUUUUUCUCCCUACAACAUUCUGGUCAUGUUGUUAGCACGCUAGCUAGCUAGAUUCUAGACCAAGAUAUGAUGUUUUGUUCUUGGACCGGACACUUUGCUUUCACGGUGCCUCUUUCUUCCCAGAGGUGUAAAUGAUAUCGGUGAACUGUCAGAAAAACCCUGACAAAAUGCCGGGAACUAACAUCUCAUCCGGGGAGGAGAAUCAAUAUUUUCACUUCCACUUCCACUUCCGUCACACUACCGCAACUUGAAUAGUGUCAAUUUUCCCACCCUCGAGAUAGCUUGUUGAAUGUGAGGAGAGAGUAACGGGCCAGGUGGAAUGCUGGAAUAAACUGGAAGAAAACAGGAAUAUCUAUUUAUUGCCACAAGUAGAUAAGCAAGGUGUUAAGAUGUUAAGGUUUAGAAUUUCUGGAUUUGUAUGUAUACACAGGAAGUCUCGUAAGAUGCUGAAUGUUCGCGUAGACUCACGGGUAAAAUGUGAACUGGGUAAGAAAGCGUACAACUUGACGGUGAAAAACGGACCCGGAAACUCUGCCAUGACGUUCAAGAAGGUUGGUAACAACGAUCUGACACUACUCUGGCCGGAAUCUGGGUGACGCCGAGCAGAUAAAUUUCUACAAAACUUUAUCUUUAGGUCUUUUUGUUGACUGGAAACUUGAACAAGUGAAAAGUCCAUGUACGGUCAUCACUUUUGUAAUUAAAAAUAAUCGCUCCUUUAAAGAGUGACUUUUAAGAAAAAUAUUCACGAAGGGAACAUGUAAGUUGAAUUUAACUUUUAGAUCUGCGAUAACUUAAUAUAUGCUGCAAUGUUUGUUAAUAAGCUGGACUUAUUAAAGGGCUG